AUGAAGAGUGCGACCGCUUUCACCGUGGCACUCCUGAGCUUGCCGGGCGGCACAGCCUUUGUCCUGAGCAGCAGUAGAUCCGACCAUUCCGCCAUGCGGCGGUACCCGACGAAGUCGCAGCCUACGCGCCACGCGCUGCUGUCGCGUGUUGCAUCCCAGCGGGCACCCGACACUGCUGCGGAAGGAGUAGUGCCGGACUCGCAGACACUGUCGGAGGUUCUCGCCGCCGCCGUCCACGCGGCAAGCGAGGCGGGCGCGCUCAUGAAGGCCAAGGUCGGGGCGGACGUCCUCAAGACCAAGUUCAACCCCAAGGACCUCCUCACGGAGGUGGACGGCCAGUGCCAGCGGGUCAUCGAGAAGGUCGUGUCCAAGCAGUUUCCCGACCACGCGUUGCUCGGAGAGGAGAACGUGGAGCCCGGGGCGGAGGCCUCGACGGUGGCGCUCUCCGACGCCCUGGAUGGGGGGGGGGCGGCGGAAUGGCUGUGGGUCGUGGAUCCGAUCGACGGGACGACAAAUUUCGUUCACGGGAUCCCGCUCAGCGCUGUGUCGAUCGGAGUGGCUUACCGCGGGAAGGUGGUUGUCGGUUGCAUCUAUGACCCGUUCCGGGACGAGCUGUUCACGGCUACAAGCGGCAACGGCGCUUUCUUGAACGGCAUGAAGAUGAAGGUCGGCGACCAGGAGACCAUCGGGGAGGCGACGGUAGCCUGCGGGGCCCCCCCAGGGGUGCUGGCUCUCGGGCCGUGCGUGCGAGGGAUGGCGGCGCUUGCUCCUCAUGUCAGAACAACCCGAAUGUUGGGGUCUGCCGCCAUCAUGCUUGCCUGGGUGGCCUGCGGACGGUUGACGUGCUACUGGGAGCCUGAUCUGAACUCGUGGGAUAUCGCUGCGGGAGCGCUUCUCAUCCAGGAAGCCGGCGGGGAGAUGACCGACAUCCUCGGCGGCCCCUACUCGCUGUCGACUCGAGCCAUAAUCGGAAGCAACAAGCUGGUGCACGAGGAGAUUCGGCACAUCUUGGUGGAGGCCAAGGCUACGCGUCCGGAUUCGACUCCGCAGCUCAAGGGGAGAUGAGCGAGAGUGCGAGCCUUCCGCUUAUGGCGGGAGCUUGGAAACGGUUGGCCUAUGCAGGAUGCUCCUCUGUACGGAGGUGCCGCCCGUCGCGUUAGAGGAAACUGGUGGGGGAGUGGGGGAGGGAGCUACGGGCAGGCGUGUAGUGCAUGUUAUCAUCGUGUUUCGGGCAGGCUUUGUGCUGAGCCCACUACUGUUACUGUAUCGUGGCGUGCAUGUGAGGUUCUGAGAUGUGGCGGUUGUUGCAAGUAGAACCUUUGGCACUGAUCGAGCUGGCUCUAGAGAAGCAACGUUACACUAGACACGGCAUGUACUUGUAGUGGUACUUUAUUCGUCGGUGUGUGAGUGGACUGAUAUGAUUCAUUGUGCAUGUUUCGGCUGUGUCUUGUAGAUUAUUAUGUGAUGCUGAUUUUUUACGUUGUUGUUAGACCGGAGCAGGCCACCUGGUGCAGCCAGCAUGCAGAGGAAACUGCUGUGGGAUCGAUCGUGUUUUUCACACCCUCUUGGUGUGUGUGUGUACGCUUUCAUGCGGGUCGCGCCAGAGAAUACUUGUUCGUUGAUUCGGUUCGGGCGAUUUCCACAGCGGCGGUGUGUUGUUUUGUAGGUGGCGUCGCUGCCAUUUUCGCGCCCAAUCCACUCGCUGCUGUUGUUGUGAAACGCGAUUACAUAAAGAGUGUUACAGGCCGUGUCGUCAUUGUUUUGAGAUUUUCUUGUCCUUCGGCGUCUAUGAUAUUACGGUGGAGGUGACAGAGCUCGGGCUGGGUUGUCAAUCGCUGCGAGGGCGGGUGCCGUGAUGUUCGCUGUGGGCGCCCCCCCACGCCUUGUGAACCCCCGGCGUCCGAAACAACGCUUGUUUGGCGACGGAAGGUUGACAAAAUUCACGAAUCUUUGUCUCUAUCGACACCCUAGGUUGGAUACAAUGUAUGUUUUCCCCUAGAACGUGACGAUAUUGAUGGGUUUUCUCGCGAUAUAACGCAAAAUCUUCUCAACACCGUCAUCAUGCUUCAUGGCACAGCCUUUUUACAUGUACGGGUAGAUCAAAUUUGGACAUGAAGCGACUGCUGUGGUGUGCACGUGAUGUUUAAUUCCACCUGCAUCAGAGAUAUAGCCUACAUGCACGUACCAAGUUGUAGACUAUAACGGACGUUUUCUUUCUUUUUGGUAGCUGGACUCCACAGCAGAGACAGUGACAGUGCCAAAAACGGCGGGGUUUGAACA